AUGCUAGGAUUAUCCUUACAGAUUAAUUCAUUAAGUAUUUCAUUAUUAGAGGAAGAUAUCUUUACCGAAUGCCUCCCACAAGUUGUUGAAGAUUGUACUUAUCACACACACAUUUUAAUAAUAAAUGGAAACUUUACAGAAAAUUUUAUGCCUAGAUUUUCAAAAAUAAGUUUAGACUCUAACAAUUUAAAUUUACUUCACUCUUUCAAUAGUGCACCAAAUUUGUUCACAAUAUCUUACAGUUCCUUAGAUGAGUUAAACACAACUCUUCUCGAUAUAUUUACAGAAAGAAAAGUGACCAGAGUUUUGUCACAUUUCAUUAUUCUAACUGCAGAUCCGUUAGAUUUAUUUCAAAUAUCGCAGUUGCUGUGGAAGUAUAAUUUUUAUAAGAGUCUGAUUCUACUUAAAAAUGGUUCAAUUGUAGAACUGUAUGUGAUCGAUUACACCAAUAGUAACUGCGGAAAAAUAAUAACAUAUAAGAAAAUAAACGAAUGUAAAGACAACAGGUACAAACAUAAAUUAAAAUCAAUCAAACCUGAUAUGAAACAAAGUUUUAAUCAGUGCUCUUUGAUGGUUGGUGUUUCGUAUUCAACUCCACUGAUCAACUAUGUCAACGAUUCACUUCCUGGAAUAAUACCAGAACUACUAACAAUAGUCAGUACAUCAAGCGGCUAUAGAUUUGAUUUUUAUCAGGACGAUUGUUACUUAGACGAAGUUAAAGAAUACAGAAUUGAUUCCCUACUUAAAGAUUCCGAUAGUGGCAAAAUAGAUAUGCUCUUUAUAUCGAAUUAUGUCUCCUACCAGAAGUUCUUUUUUGUACCAGCAAUAUACGACCCUGCAAUCAUAUUAGUACCAAAACCAAAACAAUUGCCUUAUUGGAAAAACAAUGUCUUGGCAUACCAACUUCCCGUAUGGUGUUGUAUAUAUGCAAUGAUUCCAUUACUGUCCAUUAUAGUUCUGGGAUAUGCAAAACUAAUCCAAACCGAAGACACAAGAUAUUUUGGAUCAUCUUUUAUAAAUAAUAUUUUAAUGGUUCUUGGUCUUAGCUUAAAUAUGCCAGCAAGGUAUAUACCAGUAACGUGGAAUUUAAGAAUUUUAUUAGGUUUUUACAUGUUUUUUUGCUUACUGGAAUUGACAUAUCGUCAAGCGAAAAUCACAAGCUUAUCAGCAUUAUCUGUAUACGAGAAACGAGUUAGAAAUAUGGAAGACCUUAUAGACUCCGAUAUUCCAUUUAAAAGUUUCGCUGCUGGUUUGAUCUUAUUUCAAUCAAACAAGCGAUUAAUAAGCAAGAUUCAGGUUCUUUCUGAAUCAGAAGAGGAGUUCAAAGGUUUAGCAGUCUUGAUAUUUCCUAUACAAAUUAAAUCGUUAAAUACUUCGUUAAUAGAGAGAGAUACAUUGACAGAAUGUUUCCAACAGAUUGUUGAAUACGCUAGUUAUCAUACACAUAUUUUUAUAACAAGUGAAAAUUUCACAGAAAACUUUAUUCCGAGAUUUUCAAAAAUAAGCGUAGGAAGUAACAAUUUAUAUUUAUUGCACUCUUUCCGUGGUGCUCCCAAUUUAUUCACAAUAACUUACAGUUCCUUAGAUGAGUUAAAUACAACUCUUCUUGAUAUAUCUACAGAAAGAAAAGUGUCCAGAAUUUUGUCACAUUUCAUUAUUCUCACUACCAGCCUAGUUGAUUUAACUGAAAUAUCGCAUUUGCUGUGGAGCUACAGUUUUUACAAGAGUCUGAUUCUACUUAAAAAUGAAUUACUUGUAGAACUGUACGUUAUUGAUUACAAAAAUAGUAAUUGCGGCAAAAUAAUAAAAUACAAGAAAAUAAAUGAAUGCAAAGACAGUAAAUACAAACUUAAAUUAAAACCAAUCAAACCAAACAUGAAACUAAGUUUUAGUCAAUGUCCUCUAACUGUCGGUGUUUCAUUUCUGACUCCAAUGGUCAACUAUGUUAACUAUUCAUUCCCUGGAAUAAUACCAGAACUACUAACAGUUGUCAGUACAUCAAGUGGCUAUAAAUUCGAUUUUUACCAAGACGAAUGUUACUUAAACGAACUCAGAGAUUUCAGAUUUGAUUCCUUGUUUGAACACUUCGAUACUGGCAAAAUAGAUAUGGUCUUUAUCUCGAACUACUUCUUGGACCAUAAAUUAUUUUUUGUGCCGACAAUGUAA